AUGGGCCCCUGUACCGCCUCCUCUUGCUGCUGCCAGGCCCGUAAUCUGCCAUGGGCCCCCGUACCACCUCCUCAUGCUGCUGCCAGGCCCGUAAUCUGCCAUGGGCCCCUGUACCGCCUCCUCAUGCUGCUGCCAGGUCCAGAGUGUCUCAUGGGUCCCUGUACGGCCUCCCAUUGCUGCUGUCUCCAUCGCCACACUCUGCCAUGUGCCACUUUCAGGUCUCCUCACACUGCUGGUGGGUUCCAUUUUUGUCAUAGGGUGCUGUAUGGCCUCCCAUUGCUGCUGCCUCCACCGCCACACUGUGGCUCCACACUCUGGUUUUGGCCCCGUGACUGCCCAAAUGAGUGAAGUGUGCGGUGAUUCUAAGAUCGACGGCACUCAUCUGCAUGUCAUACUGACUGACAGUAUUAUUUCUCUUCCCCAGCAGACUCCAAGGGCAUUUAAAUUAAAGGUACAGUGUUCUGCACUAAUAUAA